AUGGAGUGGGUUCUUGGAGGAAGAUCGUCACACCCGGGCUCUUCAACGCCGUUUGUACCCGCUGCUGCUCGCCCGUUCUGCCGCGCGCCGUGCCUGUCGCUCGCAGCGCCCGCAGACACAGGCGUACGACGAGCGCAGAUUGCGGCGGAGGCGGCCAACAGGGAGGAGGCCGAGAAGGCGCUCCGAGCGCGCGCAGGAGCACUUCCUCGCGGGCAACAUGGCGGGGGCGCGGUUGCUGACCGCCAAGGCCCGGCGGAUCUCCCCCUCGCUCCCCGAUGCCGCGCACACGCUCGCCGCCUACGACGUCCACGCCGCCGCGGCCGGGACCCAGCACCGCGCGGGCUACUGGGACGAUGUCAUCGGCAUGGCCCUGUCCGCCUCCGCCUCCGCCUCUGCCGUGAAGAGGCAGUUCCGGUGCCUGUCCCUCGUCAUCCACCCCGACAAGAACCGCUCCGCCGCCGCCGAGGGCGCCUUCAAGCUGCACGGACAGGCCUGCGACGCCCUCUCCUUCUGCUCCGGCGCUGGCCACGUCCCCUACUACAGCAGCGCCGCCACCACCGCGGCCUCCGCGCACGAGUGGUACCGGUCUCACCACGCGGGCCGCUCGCAGCGCUCGACCGCCUCAUCGACCGUGGAUCAAAACCCGCUAAUUCUUCUGACCUCACAACCACCGCUGCUGCCAUGUUCGGCGUUGAUGAAGCAAGAAGGCAUGCUACAGAUCAGCACCAAUCAGGAUUAAGGUUGGAUCUUUCCCAGCUGAUCCUCAGCGACAAGAAAGACCAAAUUGGAGUGAUCGGAGUGUGGGGAACAAGUGGCACGGUUGGGCAUACCUCCAUCAUCUUUGAUGCUUACGAGAAUCCAAAUAUCAAAGUCAAAUUCCCAUCCCGAGCGUGGCUUAGGGUGACACGCCCUUUCCACCGGAAACAAUUUGUCCGGAGUAUAGUGGAACAGUUUCGAGCAACCACCAUAGGGGUGGUUGAUUUUCUGCUGGAGGCAGAGGGGGAGAAGACUUGGCAUGAGUUGGCACAUGAGUACAGUGAAUAUGUCAGCAAGAAGUGGUACCUGAUUGUGCUUGCCGUGACUAUCCACCAUUGAAGAAUGGCACCAGAUCAAAGCUUGCUUCCGAGAAAACAAACAGGGGAGCCAUAUCGUAGUAUCCACAGAGCAUGUUGAAGUUGCAAGCCUAUGCCAGGGC